AUGCACCUCACAUGUCUUGGGGCUACGAGGCUCCAUGCCCCGAGCCCGCUUCGGAGUGAGGCGUGUCAGAGGGCCGUGCAAGUGGUCAGAUGCGCACAGCCCACUGCCGACUCCCGUCCCUUGCGGCGCCUUCUCCUUCGACCAUCCCGAAGUCGGCGCCACUUGUUGCCUCACGGUUGGCGUCAAGCAGAGAAGAUUCCAACAUUGCUCGGCGCUUGUGCGGCAGGCAGCGCAGUCUCUGCGCGCCAACGGAGAUCAAAGCAUUCAAUGGCGCUCAUUGAUCGAGUCAUGUUCUUGGGCACAGGCUCGGCCGUGCCUGUGCCUGGACAGCGAAACAUGUCCAGUCUUGCCGUUAUGUUGAACACAGGAGCUGCGAUUCUCAUCGACUGUGGUGAGGGCACACAGCAUCAUAUCAAGGUCAGCAAGCUGCUGAAGCUGUCCCGCGUUGAGGUUGUGUUGCUGACCCAUCUUCAUGGAGAUCACUGUUAUGGACUGUUUGGUCUGUUGCAGUCAGCUGCUUUGGAAGGUCGAAAGGACCCUUUAUUGAUAGCUGGCCCACAGGGGCUUCGCACCAUGGUGGAGACUGUUCUCCUGUCCUCUGGAGGUUGGCACCCAGAGGAGUCUUUCCAGAUCAACUUCCUGGAGAUCCCAAACACUGGGACACCAGGUGGUGAAAGCCUGGUGGGGUCCUCUGGCUCAGGGCGCGGGCUGGGUUUCCAUCCAGACCUCUGUCGACAUGCUCCCCCUGUUCAACUCGGGGUCCUGGCGGGUCUCCGCAUACAAGCAGUGCCGCUAGUCCAUGGGUUGCCUGAUUGGGGGUAUGUGCUGACAGAGCUAGAUCGCCCCGGCAAGUUGAAUGCUGCCAAGGUGGGCCGCUUGUUGACGCUUGUUGACGCUUGUUGCCCUGCAUGCGUGGCCUCGCCAUGGCCUCGCCAUGGCCAUGGCCAGGCUAUGGAGCUUGGAAUCCCUGCCAAGAGCAAAUUGUGCGUGGCCAAGUUGGAGAAGCCAAGUCAUGCCAACACAAUGCCGAAGCAUUCGGAGGCUUGGACAGCUCAAGCAAGGAAGGACUGUGGAGCUGGACGAUGGUUCGUGAGCUACCCAGUAACAAAUGCUGCGGUACAGAUUCGCGAUCCGAAUGCCAUUUGA